AUGAUCCCUGUGAUGCUCGCGGGCACGCUCUUUGGAACCCGUAAAUAUUCCAUCCGGAAGUAUAUCAGUGUCCUCAUCAUGACGGUGGGCAUCAUCUUGUUCCAGCUUCUGAGCAACAAAAAGAAGGUGAGCACGUCCUCGAACAGCAACCUCGGUCUGCUCCUCCUUGUACUUUCUCUCUGCAUGGACGGCGUCUGCGGCAUGCAGCAGGACGUCGUCGUUCCUCGCUUCAAACCCUCCAGCUUCCGCCUGCAAGUCAUGCUCAACGUCUACGGCAUGAUGAUCGCGCUGGUGGCCUCUCUGUUCAGCCAGGAGCUUCUUCCCGGGCUGCGUUUCCUCCUCGAAAACCGCGUCUGCUUGCUGUACUGCCUGGUGUACGGCGUGUGCAGCUCGGUGGGGCAGAUGUUCAUCCUCUUCACGGUGCGGCAUUUCGCGCCGCUGGUGCUGUCGACGAUCACCACGACGCGCAAGUUCUUCAGCAUUCUGCUCUCCGUGGUAUUUAUGGGCAACGAAAUCACCUGGGGACAGGUAGAUUGGAGCUGGUGCUUCCUGAGCUCUCUAGUGGGUCGGCGUCUGCCUCGUGUUCUUCGGAAUCGCCUUCGACAAGCUGGCGCGCGGCAAGGAAAAGCGGGAUUGCGCUGUUUGUUCCAUCAAACACAACAAAUCGAAUGA